AUGGCCUGGGCCCUUGGAUUGGCUUGUUCGCCUCAAAUGUCUGAGUCCACGCUGCAAGCGACUGGAGUCAUUGCUUUGGUCGUGACCUGCAAGCGCAAUCGGUAUCGCUUCCAGAAGGCAAUUCUAUAUAAUGUCAAUACCUGCCAUGGAGCUGCAUGGAAGACCAACUAUACUCUUGUAUAA